AUGGCGGCUUUUCAAAAAGCUGCGCUCCGUCACUUUUUGUUCACGUUUUUUAUUCUCCUUUUGCUAGGUGGCAGCUUACCGCUCAACUGGAAGUUAUGGGGUAAGCACACAGGGAGAGCUGAGCGGGGGUCAUUGUUGGUGCUCGCAGAGCCACACCAGGCUGAGGGGGAGACGGAGUUUCCCCAAGUUCCGGACGUUGUGAGACCGUUACCCUCGGUGUCAGUGGCGCCGACACCGACACCGACACCGACACCGACGCCGACUCCAACGCCUUCACCUACACCUACACCUACACCUACGCCGUUGCUGACACCGACACCGACGCCGACGCCGACGCCGACGCCGACUCCAACGCCUUCACCUACACCUACACCUACAUCAUUGCUGACACCGACACCGACGCCGACGCCGUUGCUGACACCGACACCGACACCGACGCCGACGCCGACUCCAACGCCUUCACCUACACCUACACCUACACCUACGCCGUUGCUGACACCGACGCCGACGCCGACGCCGACUCCAACGCCUUCACCUACACCUACACCUACAUCAUUGCUGACACCGACACCGACGCCGACGCCGUUGCUGACACCGACACCGACACCGACGCCGUUGCUGACACCGACACCGACACCGACGCCGACGCCGACUCCAACGCCUACACCUACACCUACACCUACACCUACACCUACACUUACGCCGUUGCUGACACCGACACCGACACCGACGCCGACGCCGACUCCAACGCCUUCACCUACACCUACAUCAUUGCUGACACCGACAUCGACACAUGCCUCUGCGUCUGCGGGGACACCAACUGUGGUGCCAACGCCGUCGUCGACAACAACGAUUCCAGGGAGCACACUACCAACUCACGCCGUAUCACCCUCGAGCAUUGGAAGCCCUUCACCGAGUUCUGGUGCCGCGGAAACCUUGACACCAAUGCCGUCAUCGACAAGCACUGGAUUUAGCUCAGUAGUGCCUUCGCCAUCGAUAUCGACUGUGCUGACUGGGACGUUGAGCCCCUCUCGUUCAGCCUCGGCUGGAAGCAGCGCAACGUUCCACGCAUCACCGAGCAUUACAUUGCAUCCAUCAUCAAGCAUAAGCUCGCCGGUUACCGCGGCACCGUCUCCGAGUUCGGAACCACUGACACCUUCACCAAGUGCGUCGCAUUUGCCAACGAGCUCGCCGAGUACCUCGGUAUCACCGAGCCCUUCACCAAGUGCGUCGCAUUUGCCAACGAGCUCGCCGAGUACCUCGGUAUCACCGAGCCCUUCACCAAGUGCGUCGCAUUUGCCAACGAGCUCACCGAGUACAUCGGUAUCACCGAGCCCUUCACCAAGUGCGUCGCAUUUGCCAACGAGCUCACCGAGUACCUCGGUAUCACCGAGCACGUCCCCGAGCGUGUCGGCAACCUUUACUCCGACAUCAGCACCGACGCCACCACCGACACCCGCUAUUACAACAGUAUCUCAGGGCACGUACCUUUCUGUCACCUCCGCAGAGGUUUGUCAGUCUGCAGCGUCAGCGAUCGCCGCUGCAGUUGCAUCUGCUCUCGGCGUGCCGGCAUCCAAUGUUACCGUCUCGAACAACUGUGCUGCUGCUCCGACCUCAACGAGUUCCUCACGUUUGGGACUGUUGGCUCCUCUGAGAUGGUUCUCGGAAUUCAUGGGGGAUCGAGAUUCUACCAAGAUGCGCGUUACCACAUCGACUACAGUCGCAGUGAAUAUUCAAUUCACCGUCUUUGUGGUCGUGGCAGUUUCAGAGGCCAGCACUGUGCAGGUGAAACUCGCGAGCUUACUCUCUGUCACGAGUAUCACUACACUUAAUCUGCCGAGCGGCGCGGGAAAGCCAGUACCUCCGCCAACACCAACCCCCAACCUCACAGCGCUCCCGAAUGGUAGUCCGCUUCCGACCAACAAGAUAGUCUUGCCAGACAAUCCGACCAUUCGGAUCGCGGUCGGCGUGAGUGCGAGUUGCUCGGAAGUUAUAUCCACAGCACAGCGCGUCUACUACUAUGCCUUUUUGGAUGUCGAGUCUUUCACGGAGACAGAUGUUGUGGUGAAUCUGGCGAGCUCUGGCUCCGGCACAAGUCGGCGUUCCGCACAACCUCUGCUCAUGGUGCAGGAUGAUGGCAGCCAAAGUCUGCUUUAUAGCCAGCCACGCAAGGGCAGUUUGCAUUUGUCUAUCGAGACAGAGUGCUCUAUCUACGUUGCCUGCUCGAUCGUUCCCGAGUAUGCACCGGCAAACUGGCAAGAACGGAUGUACCAGGCUUACGUGUAUCUGCAGAGUUUGUAUGUCAGCGCUAGCGAGACGACGACAGUAAUCUCGCCGUCGCUCACCGUGAGCACCGUCGAAUACGAGCAAGUAACGUCCGUUGUCCUGGAACAGAGCACCAGCAUCAUUUAUGUCCCAGUACAGAUCUAUCCGCGGCGAGUCUUCAUUGAGACAGCGUUUUACUGUCGAUCUGCAUUCUUUGGUACGCAGGUUCUGAGCUGCAAUGAUGUCAAAGUGGCGAUCCUGAACUCGUGCAACGAUAUUGGCAUACCGAGCGAAAUCGUAACGAUCCAUUCGUGUGAGCAAAUCGAUACCUGGAAUGCAGUCGUCCACAUCCGCUUGGAGACGUUUUCCACGUACACGAUCCAGUACACGUAUGCAAUUCGUGACAACUUCGUGAAUAACUACUUUUGGCAACGUGUUCAGCUGUAUCAGUCCAAGUGUGGCGGUGGCGAACUCUAUACCGAUAUCGUUCAGUACUCGCAGCUGGUAACCUCGACCGCUGAAUACGUAUCUGCGGUUGCUCCGGCUCCCGUGAAAUGGGUCGAGGUGGUCGUCAAACGGCCUCCUGUCUGCAUUGUUUGGUAUGAAUGGCAGAUUGACGUCGAGGUCGUCGAGCAGAUCAACGUUUGGACGUGUGACCAGAUUUCGUAUAUCGUGCAGAACACAUUAGCAAGCUCGUGUGGUCUGGUGCCCACUGCGGUCGAGAUCACCAACUGCGAAUGUCUCUCGACUUCCACAGGCGGCAGCGCUCCUUCUAGUUGCAAUGGAGUUCAGGCCCAGAGCAAUGGCCUCGUGACCUACACGAGCUCGUCAAGCUCCGCGACUGGUGUGCGCUGGCACGCCAAUCGCAUCUCUGUACGUGUCAUGUCGUCUGUGGUGGAGUACUUAUCCGUUUACUCGACGCUGCAAAGCACAGUGCAGUCCGGUUCAUUUGGACAGGUUGUUGCGAGCGAGUAUACUCGGCUGGAGACGACCACGAGCGUCUCCACGGAGACGUACAUCAGUGUCGCGAGGGCAGCAUCGAGCCCGAAUAUCACCGUUCGGGUCACGCCUACCAAGAACAUUACCUCCCUGGACUUUUUGGGUAGACCAUCGGAGCUUCCUCCUCUGUACUCGUUGGCACAGCCAAGUCGCCUAUUCGACUUGAAUGGAACACUUUGCGUCAGCUCGUGCCGACCGGCGGGCAUAACGGCGGAGAACGCGACGACCGCAACCUGCUGUAACGGUAAUGGUGCCUGCAUCAAUGGCGUUUGCUACUGUGUGCCGGGCUUUUCGGGUCUGCUCUGCGAAGCAUCGCCAACGCCGGCAGCAUCCCCGGUUCCGGGGCCGGCGAACCUGGCCGCUUUCCCGUCACCACCAGCAGGCAAAGCAGCGAUCAAUGUGGCCUUCCAGAUGGAGGGCGUCUCCGUGGAGGACUUUACAAACGCCACCCGAAACGCUCUCUUCCGUGAUCGCUUCGUAUCGGCUGUGCGCAACAUCACAGGUAUCCAGGACGUGAAUGUCACGCAAGCGGCAAGUGCGAAUGGAACGAUCCCAUACGCAUUACGUGUUCCGCUUAAUGUGACAACCACCGGUGCUGUUCAGCUACUGACACUGCCAAACAACACGAAACCUGUUGAGAACCUCAUGAGUGUCUUAUUCGUCUUUGGGAUGGUUAGGUCUGUAUUUCCACCGAACGGUACGGUGACGGCAGUAUCCGUGCAACAGCUCGUGAACACUACCAGCACCAGCACCAGCGCAUAA